AUUCAUAUUCCCUGCAGUAAAUAUUAUGAAAUAUAAAAUAAUUACAAAAUUUCUAAUAGAAAAAAAGUGAAGGUAAUAUAAUAUAGAGAUGACGACGCUUGUUUGCAUUAUAAAAUAUUUAAAUCUAACAACUUUUUUAAUCAUUCUGCAUUAAUUAACUAACAAUAUUGCAAUCAUAGCUCUAAGCAUUUUAUCAGUGUAAAACAGUGAUUGAUGAUAAGAACUUAUCAUCACCAACUAAAUCCGUAAAGAUGAUUUUUCAAAUAAUUCAAAUUAUUAUCACCAUCAUAACUAUAAGUCUAGUGAUUUUUAUUCUAAGAACAAUUAAAAAUCAGACAUUUUUUAAACGUCAUGGUGUACCACAUGAAACACCUGCACCUCUUUUUGGAAAUAUGUUAUCCAUAAUUACUAAGAAAGAGAGUAUUAGUGAUGUGAUAAAAAAAUUAUACGACACCCAUUCAAAUGCAAAGUACAUUGGUUUUUAUGAUUUUACAAAUCCAGUAAUAAUAUUGCGUGAUCUUGAAUUAAUUAAAUCAGUGGCUGUUAAAAAUUUUGAAAGUUUUUCGGAUCAUGGUAUAAUGGGACCCAAACCAAAUGAUCAACUAUUUGCUAGAAAUUUAUUUAAUUUAAAGGGUCAAGAAUGGCAUGAUGUUCGAAGUUUACUCAGUCCUGCAUUCACACCAUGGAAAAUGAAAACAAUGUAUAAUCUCAUUUCGAAUAGUGCUGUUAAUUUUGUCGAUUCUCUAUUAAAUGAAAUGGAAAAUAAUAAAAUUAGGGAAAUGAAGGAAGCUUUUUCACGGUGUACUAAUGAUGUAAUAAUUAAUUGUGCUUUUGGUAUAACAGUCAAUACGAUGGAGAAUCCAAAUAAUGAUUUUUACAUUUUGGGAAAAGAAGCGACAAAUUUUGCUAGACUCUAUCUAAAGAUAAUGUUAAUGAGGACAUUUCCAUUUCUUAUGAAUAUUCUCGGUGUUAAACUGUUACGUCAAAAAGUGAAUGAGUUCUUCAAUGAAUCGAUUAGCUCUACAAUUAAUACUAGAGAUAGGUUGCAAAUAUCGCGACCUGAUAUUCUGCAACUUUUAAUGGACUCCAGGAGAGGAAAUACAAAAAUUGAUUUAUCGAUGGAAGAAAUAACAGCUCAAGCAUUUGUCAUCUACUUUGGUGCGUUUGAUACUACGUCAACAACAAUGGCUUUUUUGGCACAUGAACUUGCACUGAAUCAAGAGAUUCAAAGGAAAUUGCAAAAUGAAAUUGAUAUCACAUUUCAAAAUACCAAUGGUGAGCCAACCUAUGAUGAAAUCACUGGACUCGAGUAUUUGGAUGCAAUUUUAAAAGAAACUAUGCGAAAAUAUCCAUCUUUCGCUGCACUUGAUAGGAUUUGCACGAAAGAAUUUGAACUUCCUCCUUCAAUUCCGGGAGGAAAGUCAAUUUUAAUAAAACCUGGAAUGAUGAUUUGGAUUCCAGUUGUAGGUUAUCAUUAUGACACUAAUCAUUACGAAAAUCCAGAGAUUUUUAAUCCAGAUCAAUUUUUAAAAUACAAUUCAGAAAACAGUAAGGAAACAUUUUUCUCAUUUGGAAUCGGUCCUAGACAAUGUAUAGGGAGUAGAUUUGCAAUGUUGGAAAUGAAAAUAGUAUUUUUUCAUUUGUUAUCUCAUUUUAAUUUCAAAGUUUGUUCUAAAACCAAUAUACCUAUACCGUUGAGUACAAAAUCGGUAGGAUUUGGUGCAAGGGGUGGUUACUGGAUAGAAUUAGAAAAAAGGGAAAAUAAAAACGAUAAAUCAGUUUCAAUGUGAUGAAAUAUUUUUGCAAAAUAUUGUAAAUGAAAGUUACCUUAUUAGAUUAACAUUAUUAAUCAAAUUCUAAAUUCUCUUUUUAUUUUACUCCAUUGGGACGAAACACAAUUUUGUUAUAUUAAUUUUAAUACAAUAGAUAAAUGUUGUUGUGUCAAAUUUAUUUUUGAAUAAAUCAGUAAACUCUGUGAAUCCAGAAAUAUUUAAUCCAAAUCGAUUUUUUAAAGUGGUAGCUUUAAGUAGUAGUAGUAGUAGUAGUAGUAGUCAAAAUAUAAUGAAUAAUGUUCCAUUGGGAAGGUAAUUAAAUUUCCUAUUGAUCCACAGGUCAUAGAAUAAAAUUCAAUGGAAAUUGAGUUACUUUAGUCACUUUAACUAUUUUUUACUACAUUAAACAGUAAGAAAGGUGUACGUUUUAAUUUUUUUAUUGAUUGUCUAUUUCAUUACGAAACAUUUGAGCCCUUGUGGACCUCGAUUGGAUUAAAAAUAACAAUUCUAUAAUCAAAGGAUUGCAAAGUUGCUGAUCUCGAAUCCAAUGUCAGUUUUUCAAAUUUCAAAAUGGCGAAUCCAAAAUGGCAGACAAGUUUUAAAAAUCAAAUUCGUCUCAAAAUUUGUAACUUGGGGGUUUCCGAUGUCGCUGAUUACGAAUCCAAUGUCAGAUUUCAAAAAUUGAAAAUGAUGGAUUCAUUAUGGUGGGCGAGUUUUUUAAAGAUCCAUCAAAUUCGCACCUAUUGAAUCCACCUUAUUGAAUUUUCGAAAUCUAAUAUCGGAUUCGUAAUCAGCGACUUCGAAAACCCCCAAGUAACAAAUUUCAAACGAAUUUGACAGAUUUAUAAAAAUCUAGCCGCCAUAUUGGAUCCGCCA